GUCUACGAAGGAGGUGAUAACCGUACCCAAUGUCAUUCGAAUGAUGAUACCUGAGUCGAUAGUAAAGCAGUAUUUGGCAUACUCAGAAGAAAUUGGAUUCACACCCAUGAGCCGUAGGACGCUAUUAAGGAUUCUUUCCAGUUGUCCAGCCUCAGUACAGAAGUCCUUACAGGGGCUUGAUUAUAUAAGUUCCGAAGGAGGUCAGGCAUUUGACGAUCUUUGUCAAGUGGUAGAAAGACUAGGAGAUUGUUUCAAAGGUAUGACGUGGGCUAAGGAACGAAAGCUGGAGCUGAAAUCAUCUAAACGGUACUUGAAAAGUGAUUUCAAGGUUCACGUAGCAAAGGAGUCGACUGUUCCAGAUCAUUGUCGAAUGUAUGCCUUGAGUGAUGCGAAGGACAAAGAUUUUCAGUCCAUUUGUGCCCACAAGCAUCUAGAUACCUGCGAUCGCUGUGAGUUACUUGCAUCUGUCCUAAAUGAAGUCGAAAGUGUCGUCCAAGAAAUGUCCUCACGUAACGUCGGUUCUGACAUCAAGGAAGAGUUGACUUUUGUCACGACUCAAGCUAAGAAGAAGAUACUCGCAUGGAAAUCACAUCUUCUACGGUCAGUUAACCAGGACGACGCACGAUCAGAUGUGCUUGACAACCUAGAUGAAAAGUCAGUGUAUUUGGUACAAGAUUGGGCAAUGAAGUUUCUGCCACGCAAGUAUAGAGAAAGCCAAAGCGACUGGUUUGCAAAGAGGGGAAUUCCCUGGCACGUGACAGUGGCUGUCCGAAAGACCACAGAUCAAGAAUUCCAAACCAUGACAUUUGUACACGUUUUCCCAACAUGCACUCAGGACAGUUUUGCCAUUCUUGCAGUCAUGAAAGAUGUGGUUGGCCAGUUGAAGGGAUUGAUACCGCAGCUAAAGUCAGUCUAUUACAGGAUGGAUAAUGCCGGCUGCUAUCAUUCCGGCCCUACGAUUGUUGGUGCUGCCUUUAAAAAGCAGUUCCAUGGGGUUUCUAUUAAGCGCAUGGACUUUUCAGAUCCCCAGGGCGGCAAAGGCCCAUAUGACAGAAAGGCGGCCUCCAUAAAAUCGCACAUGAGGGUUCACCUAAACGAAGGUCACAAUAUUGAAACGGCCAAGGAAAUGGUCGAGGCUAUCCACUCAUCUGGUGGUAUACCUGGAGUUCGCGUUACUCUGUCAGAUCAAGUAGCAAUACAAGAUUCCGCUCCAUUGUCAGUAAAGUUGGAGGGCGUUAGUUUGUUUUCGAACAUUGAGUAUAUCAAUAGCCAGAAAAUGAAAGUCUGGAAAGCCUAUGGAAUCGGUCCAGGAAAGAAAAUAUCAGUUGCUAGCCUCGUUUGUGCAAAAGAUGUCAAGGUUCCAGAACUUGUCAAAAACUCUGAAUACAUGGACGUCGAUGUUGCUACUGGCGGAAACUUCAUCACAGCCAAGACUAAAACCGCAGAAAAGGUCCAAAAAAGUUCUGCUGCCUGUUCAAGUGAGAGCAGCGAAUCAGCAUCAGAUGGUUGCACGACUGGUCUUCUCUAUUCAUGCCCUGAAGAAGGAUGUGUUAAAACAUACCAACGAUUCUCAGCGCUGCAACACCAUUUAGAUGUGGGAAAACAUCAAAGAGCAAUAGAGCACGAGACCCUUUAUGAUAAAGCAGCAUGCGAGUACGCAGUAAGACUAGAAGAACAGUUCAGCAAUGUUCCUCAGAUGCAUCAGUUCACGAAAACCAAAAGUAGCAGUUUAGAACCAUCUUUGCCGAUUGGCUGGGCUCUAAAGUCAAGCUCAACCAAAAGGUUUUCGCAGAAGCAAAAGGAGUAUCUGUCCAUUCAAUUCCACAUUGGGGAAAAGACCGGCCACAAAGUAAAUGCCGCAGCAGUAGCUAAAGACAUGAUGACCGCUAGGGACACUGACGGUAAUCGCUUAUUUUCUAACGAAGAAUUCUUGACAAGCAAGCAGAUCACAGGCUUUUUCUCACGCAUGGCAUCUAAGAAAACCCUUCCCGAUGAGAUAUYAGAUCUCGACAUCGAGCAACAAAACGUUUACAAAGAGAAAGCAUUCACCGAGUUAAGCGACCAAGUCAUGGAUGAUGUCGCGCUUACACACCCCAUAUAUUUUGAGAACCUCAACCUAUGCGAGCACAUUGGAAAUUCAACCUUGUCCAAGUUUGCAAUUCAAAUGCUAAAGAAGAUAUGUGAGAACUUYGAGAUAUCGACAGAAGACAUAAAGUCCAAGAGGAAAGCACCUUACAUUGAAAAGAUCGUGGAAUUUUGCCGAAAAAGUUGCACUUGCUCUGCUUAAAGUAAAUUAAGAUAAAUAGUGAUAUUAUUUCUUGUAUAAUUAUGAGUUAACUUUCGCGAAAGCUCUCAGAAUUUUGUUUUUAGUGGUACAGGAAAUCUAUUCGAACAGAAAUAAUAAUAAUAACUAUAACUAUAAGAAACAGGCGGCCCCAAAAAUGAAAGCGGGCGAGUGUAUGAAAAAACAUUUUUUCAAAUGACUUAUUGAAUGCAAGGAUUUAACUGAGCAUCAGAGUAUCGCAAAAAAUAAAAUUAGACUUUUUAAAGGUGCAGUAAUAAGCAACAAAAUCGCGCAACUUGUCGCGCAAAAUUGCUGCGUUGCAAGUUGCAGAGUAAAUGUUACUAUUUGCUGCACGACUUUCUUGCACGAAGUAAAAGCUCUCUCUACUCUUUGCAACAAAGACAUUUUGUUGCGCGCGGUGUGGUAAUACGAGCAGCAUUCGCUCUGCAACUUGCAACGCUACAAUUUUGCGCGACAAUUUGUACCAUUUAAUCUAUGCAAAUGCAAAGCUCCACUCAAUUUCGGUCAUUAGUUGUAUUGCUUGUCAUUCCUCGGUUUUAAAUAUCUUCGAUCUUUGUAAAACAAUAUUCAUAUCAU